AUGUCUCAACCGAAGGUGGCGGCGGGAAAAGCCAGCCACUUUGUAGCCUCAGACGAACUGUCGAAGUUUCGUGAUACAGAAAAUCCAGACGAAAUUGUCGAGGACAUAGCGUAUGCGGGACAGCCCGGUGAAGAGACGACGGCUGCAACGCUCACCAUCUUCGUCUUGGUUAUGACUCUCUAUCCCGAAGUUCAAGCACGUGCUCAAGCAGAGAUCGAUGAUGUGGCUGGCCCGGACCGACUUCCUGACUUCGAUGGCCACGCAUCAAUGCCCUACGUUGAGGCUGUUUAUCGCGAGACGUUGAGGUGGAAACCUAUCGCACCCAUUCCACAGCGGAAGCUGAUAUGUGUGGCGGGUGCAUUGAUUAUCCCCAACGUCUGGGCCAUGAGCCAGAACACCGAUAGGUACCCUUCACCUUCGUCCUUUGAUCCAUCACGCUUCCUCGACGGGGAUGGAAACCUAGUGGGCGGAGAACCCAGCUACGUAUUUGGCUUCGGACGUCGUAUCCGCCCUGGACGGCACUUCGCGAAUGCUUCCUUAUGGCCAGCCAUGAUCUGCGUUCUCGGCAGGUUCCGAAUCGAGAAGGUAAAAGAUGUAGCUGUGGAUGAUAUCGAGCCUAACCCUGAAUGGACGGUUGGGUUGACUACGUGA